CAACGCAGGUAAUGCACUCGCCCUCCAGUUCCCCAAGUCCUGCUCUCCCCGAGAAGCCCAGCUGAAGCAUUUGUCGGUGCGGCGGCCAUGUCAGGUGCGCACGUACGUAUGCAUCAUUAUGUGUCGCGCACCUGUGCCGCGGGGGUCGUGAGCCCCUGUCUGUCUCGGCCGCCUGUCUCUUCUCGUUCAGCGCGGCGCUCUCGUCCUAGCUGGCCACUCCUCCUCCUCCUCCUCCUCCUCGUCGUCGUUACGGACCCGGUCCUCGCGCGGCCUACCUGCCUUAGGCACCUCUACGUACCCAACCCACGCCGAAGCCACCGGCUAGGUGAACCAGCCUACAAUGCUUAUGCCCACGUACCCUGCGCGGACAGGCCAUAGCGUCCCGCCCGUGCACGCCGUGAUCGCCGUAUAGUACUACCGACUUGCCCGACGUGCCACAUGCUUAUCUACUUGCUGGUGCGUUCCGAGUCGUCGUCGCCGUCCACA